CACCCGCUUUGGGUGGCGGCGGGGACCGUGCGCAUCGAAACAAUGAUUCCUCCAGGGGAAUGCCUAUAUGCUGGGAGGAAAAGGAGGAAACCCAUUCAGAAACAAAGGCCUGCAGUUGGGAAUGAAAAAUCAAAUCCUUCGAAGAGACACAGGGACCGUCUGAACGCAGAACUGGACCACCUGGCCAGCCUCCUGCCUUUUCCACCUGACAUCAUAUCAAAGCUGGACAAACUUUCUGUCUUGCGCCUUAGCGUCAGCUAUCUCCGAGUCAAAAGUUUCUUUCAAGCCAUUCAAGAAAAGCACUUUAAGAAGCAAGUUGGCCAAACGAUCAAAGAAGACAACGUAUCUAACAAGACUGCUGUACAAGAAGGUGGACUUCUACUAGAAUCACUGAACGGUUUUGCAUUGGUGGUGAGUGCAGAUGGAAUGAUAUUUUAUGCAUCAUCGACAAUUGUGGACUACCUAGGAUUUCAUCAGACUGAUGUAAUGCACCAAAACAUAUAUGAUUACAUUCAUGUGGAUGAUCGCCAGGAUUUCUGUAGACAACUGCACUGGGCCAUGAAUCCUCCCCAGAUGUUGUCUGGACAGCAACUACAGACAGAAACAGGAGAAGAAUAUUUUCUCAGUAAACUCUUUAAAGCACAAGAGAAUGACAGCAUGACAACAGAUUAUUCGUCCUUCUUAACUCGUUGCUUCAUCUGUCGAGUUCGCUGCUUGCUGGACAGUACUUCUGGCUUCCUUACAAUGCAGUUCCAAGGCAAACUCAAGUUUCUUUUUGGACAAAGGAAGAAGUCCUCAUCAGGAACAGUAUUGCCACCUCAGCUGUCCUUAUUCUGCAUAGUGGUACCACUUCUGCUUCCUUCUGUGACAGAAAUGAAGAUGAAAAGCCUACUUGUGAAAGCAAAACACAAAGCUGAUGAUGCAGCAGCAAAUAUAAACUCUGGUUCCAAAGGUAAUUCAGGUCUGUGUGAGGCAGCAGAAUUGUAUGGAAGAAACAGUCAUCAUGAAGGUGCAGCUUUCACCAAUGUGUUACAGAUUGCUGAAAACCAAAUCAAAGCAAAGAAUAAUGGAGAAAAUGGCAUUUCUCUAGUCAAAGUACAAACAAAUGAAGAUCACUGGGUUUGGGUUCAAGCUAACACUCAACUUCUGUAUCGAAGAGGUUGUUCAGAAUAUGCCCUCGCACAACAGCAAAUGCUGAAGGAAGAAGAUGAACAACUGAAGAUACCAAGCAGUUUUGCUGGUUUGAAAGGAAACCUGGAUGGACUUUCCUAUAACAGUGCCAUUGAAACUCUGGGCCAUUGGAAGCAUCUUAACUGGACAGCAGUAAAAAAUGAACAAGAUAAUGUAAAAGUGAAGUUUGAGCCUCAUACAAACGGUGAGUGUUUCAUGCAAGAAGAACCUCUUAGUUCUAACACAUCAGUUUUAGGAAUUCAAAACAACUGCACCACAAACAGUAGCUGGACUUUAAGAAACUCAAGCUCUUGUUCUAUGAGCCAGCGGAUGAACACAUAUUCAAACAGGAGAGCUGGAUCAUUCUACAACAGAGACCAAAGUUUCUUAAAUUUACCAUCAACUUGCCCUUCCCACUGGGGGAGCACAGAAAGCUGCCAGUCUUACUCAGGUGUGCAACAGCAUUGUGCGGAGAACUAUGCAACAGACCAUCUGAAACUGCAGAGACCGAUAAUAUCCUCAGAAUCUCUCUAUGAUGCAGCCUUUCCUUUGGAGAUGCCUAUCAAAACAGAAUAUGAUUCUGAUUCAGAAAACAUUGCUGAUAACUACCUGACGUCCCAAAACCGAGCCUGGCUGGAUGAGAAUGCCUCAGUGAGAAAGCAGGUGUUUACCUAUCCAAAUAGAGUGCACCUCAAAACAGAACCGGACUUCUGUGAGCCAGCCUCACUUUGUCAGAAGCCAAGGCACUGCCUUUACACGCCACAUAACUGGCAAUGCAUCGUAGCAAAUCAUCCCAACAACCUAAACCUGAACAAAUCUUGCAAGAGUUCACGUAGCAAGGAGGUGGCCCCGUUUUGCCCUCAGAACUCUUCUGGGUGUUUGGAAAGCAUGCCUGACCUGCCACACAUGGCAUGCUUUGGGCACUUUUACAGCCCCAGCCCAGGAGAGGAGAAAGAGCAGAAUAACGAGGUUUUUAAAAUGCCAUGUGAAUUUAAAAACCCCUGCUUGGUUCCAGCAAUCAAGCGUGAGCCCCUGGAUUCUCCACCAUUGCCCAACAGUGGACAGAAUAGAGUAUACACGAGCUUCCCUGAAAAUACAUUAGCAGGUCCUGUGCCUCAUAAAACCACUGAAUGUACAUUUUUACAAUAGAUUUUAUAACGUUUGGAAUAUUUAUAAUGUUAAAAGCAAGAAGUUGUAAGUUCUCUUCCAGUUGGGUUAAAGGAGUUGCCAAAAUUAAAAGCCAGUGGAAGAUUUUGAAAGAGUGUGUGUGUGUGUGUGUGCGCGUGUGCAUGUGCAUAUCUUUGUGUGUGCAUCUGUGUGUGAGAAAAGCCAGGCACAGACACACAACCCCCUUACUCCCCUCACCCACCCCCACUGUGAUUUUUGGAAAGAAAGAGAGAAAGAUAAAACCUCAGGCGCAGAAAAAUAAUUACUCACUGCACAGGUAUACCUGCUUAUUUGUCUUUAUCUUUCCUCUUUUGACUACAGUUCAUUACCAAGGUCUAGCUACUUCUGUUUUCUGACUUGGUUCUAUUUGUUUUUCUCAAGCUGAUGUGAUGCCUCUGUGCAAGGAGAAAAUGUUUAUGGUCUUCAGUGUGGCCCGUUUACCCUAGGAGUAUUUGUUACUCUAAUAAGAAGCAUUAGCUAUUCCUUUAUCUCAACAUUAAAUUGAUGGCAACAGGCAAGGGCUUCCCAGCAUAACUUCUUAAUUUAAAAGAUUAGCAUUAACUACUUUCAUAAAAUGCAUUAGAAAUUAUCUUACUCCGAAGUGAAGUUCUUCCCAAAUUUCCUUGGUAAUAGUAAUGUUUUGGUAUCCAUGUUUUUCCAUUCUAAAGCCAUCACCCUUUCAUGUUACUGUUUGAAAGACUGAAUGAUGGGAUGUUUUCCACUUCUAUAAAUGAGUUACAAAAUGGUGUUAAAUGUACUUGAGAAGAAAACAUUUCUCCAAUUAUUUUCCUUAUUGUUACUUGUAACAUUAACAAAGGAAAUGCACUUUUUUAUUUGAUAGUGUCUCUUUGACUGAUAGCAGCUUGUUAGACAUUGUCACUUGAGGUCAAAACCAAACCCCACACUGAGAUUAGGUAUGUUGCUGUUUUCAAAAGCAUCCUAGUUUCAUUCCCAAAAGAAAAUCUUAAUCUCAAUGAGAACUAACUAAAGGAUGUAUACCUUUCAAAAGCACUUUGCUGCACUUCGGUGCUUUUGAAAACAGAUCUGUAUGCUUUCCUUUGAACCCAGAGAGUAAUGUAUUUCCACAAGAAAGAAAUAGAUCUACAACUUCUGUUUUGGUUUUUGUUGUUGUAGUUGGACUGCUGCACUAAAUUUUGUUUUAAAGUUGCACUAUUUCAGCUCUAUAUCAACCUAUACAAAAUCCACAUCAUUUAAAAAAAGCUUAGAUGUAUAUGUGCUUUCUGAAAGAAGUUCUAUAAUGAAUGUUUUCUUUUUCAAAUUGUUAUAAAUAAUUAUAAUGUCUUCAUUUCUUUAUCUAUUCAUCGCUGAGGGCAUGGGUAUACAUGCCAGAGAAGUGGCAUAAACUUCUCCAAAAUGCUAUAAAUAUGUGGAAUAAUUGUAGUUUUCAGGUAGGGGAAUGGUUCUGCACCUGGGAGUCUGCUCUUCUCCAAGACUGUCUGCCUUUUCUGAUAGUAGUUACUGCCUGUACAUUAGAGUUGGCAGAUGUAAAGAUAUACAUUCUCUGCAUGUCAGUUAAGUGCUUAUGAACAGUGGUUUGAUCUCAAACACUGCACUUCACACUGAAAUGGUUGAGAGUUUUGAUGACUGUCCUGCUGAAGGCAGUAUUCCCAGCAGAAAGGCAAGAAUAGAUAGUAAAGAGGGGCAAUAUCUUACUGUAGCUCAAGUUAAAUCUGCCAUGGUCGAGCCGACCAUACCCAGGCAAUGAUAAUAUCCUCCUUUUUAGUGUCUGGUAUAAAUCAGCUCCCUUUUUUGUAUGUGCUGCCUUUUGUUUCAGACAGUCUUGAUAUCCUUGCCUUAAUACUCUGGCCAGAGCAGUGCAACAUCAGGCCCACUUCUGAAGUGAGACAUCAAUGCUGGAAUUUUCACUGCUUUCUGGCACACCACUGUUCACAUGACAUAAAUUCAUGCCCAGCUGCAAAAGUACUUCCGUCCAAGCAAACUGGUUACUCCCAUAGAGUGAGACCACCACAGAUAAGUGGCACUGUACAACCUCUGCUUUAUCAUCAUCUAAAAAAAUAAAAGCAACAGUUCUUAUAGACUUUCACGGAGUUGCUCUCAUAGUCCUUUUCUUGGCAUGUAGCAGUGGCACUGCUUAUGUCCUGGUGCCAGACACUCUGCUGUAGGAUUAUGCUAUGAACCCUAUAAUAUUCUGCAGUCCAUCUCCUUGCGCAGCCGCCUGGCAGAAACGGGAUAGUGUGGAAGCAGGGUAAUGUGGAAAUAGAUUACUGUGACAAGCGGAGGACACACCAUCACAGCUGCUGAAAAGCUGCUCAUUUCAUUCCUUGCUGUGCUUGGACCCACUGUCACACCCCUCUGAAUAAGAGUACCUGGGCCUUGUGUCAAAUUACCUUGCACCUUCUCUCAUCAUUUAUAUUGAUGCAAUAUGACUGUAAAACACUAUUAUCCUCAUCUGGACAUGUAGGUGUCAUUUUGCACAGAUGUAAAUGGUCACAUCAGGUGUGACACUACAGAGAAGUGUGCCACUGAAUGCCUUUUCUGCACUUAGAAAUAUUUCCUCACAUGACUACAGUGGGAGAACUAUACUAGCCAGAUUUCUUUUUCUGGUGUGAAAGCAAGUUAUACUAGCAGCAAAAGUUCUCUACAAAUCUCUCCAUCACUGAAUGAAGGCUAUUUUGUUGACAUAGCUACAUCUACUCUAAGGCUUUCCUGGUUUCUUUCAGUUGGGAUGAUUCUUCUCACAUUCCCAACAAAACCAGUAACAUUUUACUCAAUUGAUAUUAUAAAGGUAGAUGAAGCUUCUGCGUGUAAGAGAAUCUAAUCUAACCUAAGAGAUGUAAUGGCCUUCUUCUAGGAGGAUGGAUGAAUGUGUGCCUCAAAAUGAAUUGUCACUUUCUGACUCCACCACGUGUAAAUGCAGUCAGCUUUGCUUCUAAAUUGUUCCAUAAAGUCUGAAUCCAACAAAAAACCCAUGGUAACUCACACUUAUCCUGUACAUCAUGUUUGAAUUUGACCCACUUAAUUUGUGGCCGAGUUGUUAUUCAAGAUCUCACAUGAAAAAAUGUGGUAUUAGUGGAAGUCUUCCUAGUCUAAGUUAUCACACACAUAUAGCAGUCUCUUAAGAGCUGUGCUUUUAAAAAGAUUGGCAGUUUAUCCUCUUUUUGGACAAUCAUUAACCCCUGUUGAUAGUAAAAAAAGAUCAGUUCCUUUUAAGUACUUCAUAUAUUGAACCAUUUAGAAAGAACAGAGGGAGUAAAGACUAAAAAAAAAAAAAGAAUUUCUUGCUUUCUGCUUUUAAGUCACUCAUCUCAUUCCUUUAUGCUGUGCACACAAGAGGUGCCCUGGAUUGAGUCUGGACUGAAAUCUGACAUUGCACUGUACCCUAUUAAAUUGCCACUGAUUUAAUCUUUUAAAACCUUUUCAUAUGCAGACAUUAAUGAUCCCCUGACACUGAUAAGUAAAUAGCAUGAAAGGCACAGUGGCUGUUUUAAAUAUUUCCAUUUUCUUAGUGGUUGUUCUUGCUUUGGUAUUAUUUUGAAAAGUAAUACUGAGAAGCAAGGUUAAAGAUGUUUUCAGUCGCAGGUGCUUAGCUUUUAUCCAUGAUAAGCUGGCAUUUGUAUCCCUCAAGCGCAGCCCUAAGGUCUUUGUUAGGAGCCUCACAAUGCAUUUAUUGUAACAACAAUAAAAAAAUCCUUCUCUAGCGUGAUAUGAACUUAGAGCAUUCAGGCUAAAGGCAACGAUUUUCUUUUUCUGGUGCAUGCCUCUAACACCUGACAGAUGAUAGUAUACAAACUUCUUCAGUCACAAACUCUCCAGAGGCUGAGACGGAAUGAACUCAUGAAUUCCAGUGUUCAGGGAGGGUAUUUUUUGAUAUGGGAAGUGAGCAGUUUUUGAUAUGGGAAGUGAGCAGUUCUGAUAGAUAGAUGAUGGUAACGUCAUCUUCCAAGAUGUUACUCAGUCCACAGAAAGCUGAGACUAUUAUCAAUGCUAAAGCUUCCAAUUAAGGUCUUUUGUUUACUUGAUUUUAGCUAUCAGUGAGCAGCUACUGAGCGUCAUACAAAUGCUAGUCCAACUGAAGUACACCAUUGUAAGCCACUAUUUUUACCUGAAAACCAACCUGAUUUGAGCUAGAGGUAAACUUUUACAACAAAAACGGUGGGUUUUCCUGCUGCCUUUAAGGUUUAUUCGCAUGCAGUAAAGUGGUGGCUGAAUCCGGGGCAGCCCUCUACUGUAGAUAACACUAUUAAUGAUUUAUAUUCAAUUUAGACUCUUUAGAUACAAAAGUAGAGCUUUAUUUUGAAAGUCUGAAGUGAGGGCAGUGGUGUACAAGGAGUAAGCUGCUUUCAGUUGGUCCUCAAUUUAGAGAUUUAACUCAUGACAUGAAAGGUCAAGGAACUGUACAUAAAUUCUCUGUAGGAAAGACUGACUUCCUUGACUGUAAUACGGUAAUGUGAAGUAUAUCUCUAUGUUUUAGUCACCCUUCACAGUGAUGUAGUCUUAAACUACAUGUAGUCUUAACUACAGUUAUGUAGUCUUAAAAUCCUUAGAACUGAGUCUCCUCUGGACAGCACAGGGAGGUCUGAUGUUUGUGCAUCAGCCAGGUCAGUAAGACUUCAGGUGCUGACCCUUUGAUACAGUGUUGAGAUUGACAGGGCAUGUGCAAUUCCUCUGGAAAUUCCUGGUGCUUGAAAUACUUAAAUGGGGAGCAACAAGCCUGAGGCAAGGAAUAUUCUGUGGGAUAAGGUCAGCUUCUGCCACCUAGAAACGUUUCUUAACUCAUUUUGUUGAAACCCUAUUGGAACUUAAGUAGGACAUCCUCACCACUGCAGUUAUUUCAGAAAAGCCAUGGAUUUGUCAUAACAGUGCAAGAUGUUUUAAUUGCAAUAAUUAAAAGACGCCAUUUCCCCUACCUAUGAUUACAUACAUUGCUUUAGGUAGUGGGAAAGAAGUUAAUAUACUCAUUUCCUUUCAUUAGAGUGUCAUUUAACUAGAAAAUCCAACCUCAGAAUGAUGCAGGUAUAGAGCUGUUCUGUUUUUCUUACCUUCCUGCUCUCUUCCUCUCUUUCUCUCUGCUGUCUUAGUGUAAACAUUCAAAGUGUAAAGACUUUUCUGAUUACAUUGAGACAAAACCGCUAAAUCUAAACCAGGUUGUAGAAAAUUUCUCGCUAGAAAAAGGAGUUUUCUCCCUAGAGUUUCUUCCUCUCUUUUAAGUCUUGCGAAGUCCUACAUUAAAUCAUAUGUUGCAACUGAAGCAAAAUUCUGCAGCAUGCAUAGUGAGCAAGGAGAUUCUGCAAGUGGCCGUGCUCAGGUUGUAGUCACAAGGUUCUUACUAGCUGAAGGAGACAAUAUAAGACAGCUGCCAGUAGCUUAUCUUCAUAGACACUACCACUGACAAAUAUAUCUUUGUUGUGUUUAAAUACAUGUGGCAUAUGUGCUUGUCAUUAUAAAUACAUUUCCUAUCAUGCUAUCAGAAAUUCUCAUGAACAAAAUCAUCAGUGACAGGCUGAAAAAUAUACUGAAACCACAAAGUACUUAAAAAAAAAAACCCAGACAUAUGGAGAUCCAAGCACCUGCCUGUGCUUAGGCAAAGACUUUCUUUGGGUGGAGGUUUGGAGAAUAAGUAGAUAAGUAGAUAAGGAUUAUUAAGAAAAAUUUUGGGGAGGAAAAAUAUCACCUUGAUUGAUAUAUUGCUGUCAAGGUGCAAUUAUUCUGUGACUACAGCAUUAAUUCUCCACGCACUGCUAAUUACUCUCUGAUUUUUUUUUUCCUUGAGAACCGAAUUUGUAACUAUUCAGGCUGAAAAUAAUUUCCUGAAAAGAAAGAUUCAGGUAAUUCAGUGCUGAAUUGUGUUUCUCAAUCAGACUGAAAACAUUAUUGUAGGAGGCACGAAGUGCUCCUCCUCCUUUCCUGGGGCUAAUCUUCAAAACUCUGGCAAAUUCAGCAUCUGCAUCGGCCCUCUUGCUGCUGGUCAUUACAGUUCAGCCACGCAGCGGGUGUUCUUAAGUGUGCAGUUGGAAGUUUCUCAGCAUUUCAUUGAAGUAACAUGGCUCCAAGACAGCUGCACAACAGGCAAAACUUUCAAUUUCACAUUUAUAUUGGUAGAAUUAUGGAAUUCCAAUGACUAAAUAAAAACAUGGCAGAGGGUAACAGAGAGAACACUAGCUGCUUAGCUAGUCUCAGUAAUUGUACUAAAUAAUCAAAAGGUUUUGUUUAAAGAAUCAGGUGAAGUUCUGGUCUAGAGCUCCUCAUUUUGCACAGGAGGGUGUAACAGGAAUUAUACCACUGUUGUGCCUCUUCUUAGGUCACACUUUGGUCUAUCCCUUCCUUACCCCACUGCUUUCCCUUCUGAAUCUCUUUGUCUCUUCUUUUUUAAGAAAAAAACCAAAAAACACUUUUGGACCACAUGUAUCCUUUGUUCAUUUAAACUGUGAGAUAAGGAAAGGCAGGCAUCAACUGUUAUGUUUUUUUUCUAACACAUUGACUUUCUAAGACAAAACUUCAAAGGGGCGAAAGUUAUCUCAGUUCUCAGUAAUAGUAUUCCAUUUUCUUUCUAUUAUUAUCAUAGCCAAAAUGAUUCUUCCUCUAUAUGGUCAAUAACCCUCCCUCUUUUGAAAAGGUCCUUUCUCUCACCUCUUCCCCUGUCCUGAGCUACUUAACAAAACCAAAGAACACUUUAUUCCUUAAAGGCAGUUGUGGCCAUCAAAAACCCUUCCUUUUUCUUCCUCUAGCUUUUCUACCUUUGUGAUUUUAUAGGAUGGUACAUUCUGGCCUCCACUCUUUCUGUCUUCUGCACCUGUAGCUUUAUUUGCACUUUAGGCGUACUUCAAAAGUUUUGCCAUAAGAACAAUGCUAGGCAGAAGUGCAAUCCCCCAUCUCCCCUUUCCCCCCCCCCCCCCCCCUUAAUCACACCAAGGUACUCACUAAUUACAGCUGUACUCCUAAACCAGAAAGAAAAGACACUUUGCUGGUAAAACAUCAUCCUCUCUUCAGGAGGCUGUACAGCCAAGAAACUCUGAGCUACCACCAGCAGCUUAGCUCUGCCAGUACACGUACUGCCAAAUCCUUUUGUGUUUAGACCUAGUCCCUUUCAAAAAAAAUCAAAGAAUUCAUUUACCCCUUUUUUCCUUCUCUCAUUUUUUUCUACAUGUGUUUAUUCUUUCAUUGUGCAAUUGCACUUUUAAUAUGUAAAUUUUUUAGAAUGCAAAGGGUAUGGAAGCAUUAAACAACGUGUACGGUGCAGUGUUUUCAGUUGGAGGUUUUAGAACCACAAAGAAUUAUCAAGGAUUUUAACGUGACUCCAUGUAAAAGCCUCUGGCUGUUAUAGAAACGUCCAUGAAAAAUACCAGUACAAAUAAUGAUCAUUCAUCUUGAAAGAAGGUAUGAUCUACCAGCAAACUCCCCUGACAGUCCGGAAUUAAAAGUGCCAUUCCUGGCCCUCCACACACAGUGGAGAACAAGAUGUUGAGACCUACCAACAGCUUUGGGUUAGCUGGUAUUGCACGAUUCCCCAAAUUAGGGGCACAUUUCUGGAGAAGACACCGCAACCACCCUAGCAUUAAUCGAAAACGUGCUGAUUUGUGUGUGUAACGCGUGCAUUUGGGCACGCGAUCUGGGCACACGCACUGGCUCCGUUGACAGCUGAAGCAUUUUGGCAGGCUGGUGGUGGGCAGACACAGCUCCAACCCCACCAGCUGCUCAGGUGAUCAAUGCAGCAGCUCCUGCAGAAAUAAAAAUGCAUUAAGGUAGUUCCUUUUGGUAACCCGUAACCUAACCCGUACCCACCGUGCUGCUUAUACACAUCUAUUAUAGAGUCCAGGUAAUUGCUAGCUGGCUAAUUAAAAACAAGCGGUUAAAUGUGGGGUUUAUAUUUUGGAAUUCUGUUAAAACCAGUGCACUUUUCUGUUAAUUUUUCUUUGUGCUUUUUUUGUUUUUUGGUUUUUUUUUUUAACGUUUCCUCAGCCUGCUUUUAGAAGGAACUUUCAAGUGUAUUUCUUAAAUUAUAUU